AUGAACCUCUACACCUCCGACGACCCGUUCGCCUUCGGCUACGGCAACGGCUACGGCAUGGUGGGUAGCAUCGACGCGCUGGACAACGUCCUCUUGACCCCCAACCCGGGCAACGCCAACGGGGCGGGGAGGCGGCCGGAGCAAAAGCCGCUGCAGCCGCGUCUCGCACCGCCGGGGGGCGGCAGCGCCGGCGACAACAAAGUCAAAGACGGCGGUGGAAGGGGGGGAGGUGCGAAGGCCUCCAACGCCGCCGGUGGCGGCCGCAGCAGAGAGCCGGCGCACGCCGAGACCGCGACGCUGCCCAUGGCACGCGGGGGUGGAGUUAACACACGACUCCCAAAGGGGGCUAUCACGGCAAACGUGCAUGAGCCAGCCACCAUCAUCCGAAGCGAUUCUUCGCAAAUGAAGCCAAACAGCGUGCCGCUAUUCCAGCAGCAGCAACAACUAAAGCCGCUUCCGCAGCCGCAGCAUUCCGCGCAACUCGCACACCAAGCUGUGGGGACGGAUAGCGAUCACAAGGCCAUCUUUGUAGAGGCUCCACCCAAUGGAAGACGCGCAACCGUGCGCAAGGUUUUCGGGACUGCGACGCUGCCUUUGCAGGAGGGCGACAAGGGUGAGGGGCACGCAGCUGAGGACGUCAAGCGCAAGUCCCCAUCCCCCACAGAUGAGGUUCGAGCCCUCCCGCUAAACACCACCGCCUGCACCAUACCAGGGUCUUCUGCGGGAGCGCUCGGGCAGAGAAAUGUCGUGGCUGUAGCUGGAACCGCAGCUCCCGCGGGCAUAGCGACACCGCGGGUGUCGAAUACAGCUCCCGUAUCGGGACGCAUCUCGACUGAGGCUGCCGACAACAAGCUUGCCGCUGAGCAGCGUGUUAAGAAAAAGGACGGGUGGGUGGAAGAGCCGCAAGAGCAAAUCAAAACACCCCAAACUGUAGGCAUGGAUGUUCCUAAAGAAAACGGGACGCAGUUCACGCCGAGUGCGCCGAAGAGUGUCGCACACGGUCCUCUUCCCCCUUCUGCUGCCCCAGUCAACGGAAGUCAGGAGCAACCCAAGGCGCCUCCGGCGAGCGUGUCUCCCGAUAUUGGCACUGAGACGGGGAGGUUGGAAGCCCAGGGUUCGCUGCACUCGGCAACGUGGGGCGCCAUCAUGGAAGUCUUAAGGGCAGGAAACCCAAUGCAUAGGCCGGAGGACGUUGCCAUGGAGCGAUCCCGCAGGGCGACUGCCUCAACAAGCGUAGAUAGUCAGCAAAAAUACCUUUGCAACUCUGGACGUGUCAGCAUCUCGAUAGAUUUCUUUACCCAAUCUCAAGUGGAUACGACAUCGGACAAAAAGUGGGCGGAGAUGGAGUUGUGGGCGGAGGCGCCGCUCCUCAUGAGAAACCCUCCAGAUAAGCCACUUUUACCCGCUGGGGCCGUCCCCGAGUACGCAGGCGAGCAAAUGGAGUUGGACUGCAGGACGCACAACGUGAUCGCCCAGGUCCUGCAUCGUGACCGACCACCGCAGCUGGGGUACCCGGAGCAGAUGCCGCUAGAGUUGGAGAAGAUGCAAAAAAAGCGCCGUCCACGCACACCACGUAGUUUUUAUGGGGUAAAAGGGAUAAAAGUCUCUCCCGACUGGUACCGCAAGGCCUUGGAGGAUGUACAGCAUGUGAAAAGCCCAGAUUUGCAAUUCCUUGAGGCAAGUGAGGACACUCAAAAAUUACACCAGGGAAGGAAACGUUAA